UCUCUGGAACACUUUACGGCACUGUUGACAACGGACGCGUUCUCCAGCGGGUGUUUCAUGUUUAUUUUAGUUAUGAAGUAGUUUUCUAAAAAAAAAAAAAGCUGUCGUAAAUGAGUGUUUUCGAUUUGUUUCGCGGGUUCUUCGGAGUACCCGGAGGUCACUAUCGUGGCCGAAGGGACCCGUUCUUUGAUGCCAUGACUCACGAUGAAGACGAUGAUGAUGAUGAUGAUGAAGAAGAAGAAGAUGGAUUAUUCUAUGAUGGGUUCCGGGGGGACCAGCAGGACCCUUUUGACAGCGCCUGGAGGUUUGGCUUCAGCGUUGGCCCCGGUGGGAUGAGGAUGCAGGAGCCUCCAGUGUUUGGCCACGUCUUCAGGGAGAUGGAGGAGAUAUUCUCCCAGCUGGGACGCUGGGACGGACAGCCCGGGUCUGGACACUUUGAUGUUCCCAGUAUCAUGCCUCCACCUCCUCAAGGCAGAGCAGAGAGGGGUGGAGGGGCAUCUGGUGAAAACCCCCUGAGAGACUUUAUGCUCAAGUCCCCUUACAACAACCCACAACAACCCCAAGCAGGUCCUUCUAGAGGGCCCAGAAGUGAUGGCCACCCAUCUUAUGAGUCACCAGACUUUCCCAGCUCGCCAUUCCAUGGCUGGACCCCUUUUUCAAAGUUUAAUGAUAUUUGGACAAGAGGGCCACACAAAUAUUCAGAGGAGGAGCGCAAAGAAGACAGAGAUCUGGACUCUGCAGUGUCCUCUGGGGGCUUGGAUCAGAUUCUGACGCCACCUGCUGGUCAGUUACCGAACCAACCCAGAGCCCGCUCCUUCUUUCAAUCAGUCACAGUCACCAAGGUGGUGAAACCUGAUGGGUCUGUAGAGGAGAGGCGAACAGUUCGAGACAGCCAAGGCAAAGAAGAGACCACGGUGACCCGCUCAGGAGGUUCUGGUAGCCUGGAGGGACCGGACCAUCAAACUGGACCGGUCAUAUCAGGUGGUCAAAAUCCGUUUUCGGACAUGCGGGACGAUGACUCCUUGUUCUCCAAGUUCUUUGGCGGGUUCAGAUAACAUGUAAAGUGGAGUAUAUUCUCUAGACUGGUUGAUUGUAGCUUUUGUGCUCUGAAAGAAUUUCAGUCAAUGAGUGAUUUCCCCAAAGCUGUGAGUUUGCAUAUGUAUAGUGUAUAUCUAUUUAUGGACAGAACACUUCCUUAACCUUUAAUUGCCAAAAUGACCAUGUUGGAUGGAUAAGGACCCCUGGCCUGUUUAAGGCCACUCUGGGAUUUCCAACCCACGUAGACUAGAAGCUGCCAAUCCUGAAGACUAGGGAUUUAAACAAAUCGAAACACAUCAGGUAGUAAACAAUUUACAAUUACACAUUUUGUUUUUUGAAUUGUCCUGUAGGAUAAGCACGUAUGGAUGUGAGUGUGUGAUAUGUCAAAUAAAGAAUCUUAAUAUAUAUUUA